GCUCUGACUCCAGUGCGUUCGCGCUGUCUGCCUCGCAUCCUCCCUCUCCCAUUUUUUUCUCUCCGCCGCCCCCUCAUCCAUCCGGGUUGGACUCCUCCUUCAAAUGCAGUCGGGUGCUCGGCGCUUUCCCAUACCCUGGCUGCGCGGACCCUUUGGUCUCCUUCCCUAUUCAACCUCAGCUUUCAGCGAGUUGCCACGUCUCUAAACCCUAAUCCCCCCCCCACACACACACACACACACGCACACACACGCACGUUUCCUGUCCCAGUGUGACACCCACCCUCUGCCGCACGGCUGCGCGGGUCCCCGCGCGGUGCCCUCCUCCCGCCACACUCACGCACGCACGCGCGCUCAGGGCCGAGCCGAGGGCAGCUUGCUGACAGUUCGCACUCGGAGGCGACUUGCUCCAGUCUCACGGCGCUGAUGGCAACUCCAGGCUCAGGCUUUUGGUCCUUCGGGUCUGAAGAUGGCUCCGGGGAUCCUGAGAACCCCGGCACAGCGAGAGCCUGGUGUCAGGUGGCCCAGAAGUUCACGGGCGGCAUCGGAAACAAGCUGUGCGCCCUGCUCUACGGGGAUUCAGAGAAGCCGGCAGAGAGUGGAGGGAGCCAGCCCGCGCGGGCCACCUCCCGGAAGGCCACCUGUGCCUGUAACCAGAAGCCUUGCAGCUGCCCCAAAGCGGAUGUCAACUAUGCGUUUCUACACGCAACAGACCUGCUGCCAGCCUGUGAUGGAGAAAGGCCCACUUUGGCGUUUCUGCAAGAUGUAAUGGGCAUUUUGCUUCAGUAUGUGGUGAAAAGUUUCGACAGAUCAACCAAAGUGAUUGAUUUCCAUUACCCUAAUGAGCUCCUGCAAGAGUAUAACUGGGAAUUGGCAGACCAACCACAAAAUUUGGAGGAAAUUUUGAUGCAUUGCCAAACGACUCUAAAAUAUGCAAUAAAAACAGGGCAUCCCAGGUACUUCAAUCAACUUUCCACGGGACUGGAUAUGGUUGGAUUAGCAGCAGACUGGCUGACAUCAACAGCAAACACUAAUAUGUUCACCUAUGAAAUUGCUCCAGUAUUUGUGCUCUUGGAAUAUGUCACGCUGAAAAAAAUGAGAGAAAUCAUUGGCUGGCCUGGGGGCUCUGGCGAUGGGAUAUUUUCUCCUGGUGGCGCUAUAUCUAACAUGUAUGCCAUGCUGAUUGCACGCUUUAAGAUGUUCCCAGAAGUCAAGGAGAAAGGAAUGGCUGCUGUUCCCAGGCUCAUUGCCUUCACAUCCGAGCAUAGUCAUUUUUCUCUCAAGAAGGGAGCUGCAGCUCUGGGGAUUGGAACAGACAGCGUGAUUCUGAUUAAAUGCGAUGAGAGAGGGAAAAUGAUCCCAUCUGAUCUUGAAAGAAGGAUCCUUGAAGCCAAACAGAAAGGAUUUGUUCCUUUCCUUGUGAGUGCCACAGCUGGGACCACUGUGUAUGGAGCAUUUGACCCCCUCUUGGCGGUCGCUGACAUUUGCAAAAAGUACAAGAUCUGGAUGCAUGUGGAUGCAGCUUGGGGUGGGGGAUUACUGAUGUCCCGAAAACACAAGUGGAAACUGAGCGGCGUGGAGAGGGCCAACUCUGUGACAUGGAACCCACACAAGAUGAUGGGCGUCCCCUUACAGUGCUCUGCUCUCCUGGUUAGAGAAGAGGGGUUGAUGCAGAGUUGCAACCAGAUGCAUGCUUCCUACCUUUUCCAGCAAGAUAAACACUACGACCUGUCCUACGACACUGGAGACAAGGCCUUACAGUGCGGACGCCAUGUCGAUGUUUUUAAAUUAUGGCUAAUGUGGAGGGCAAAGGGCACCACUGGGUUUGAAGCACAUAUUGAUAAGUGCUUGGAGCUGGCAGAAUAUUUAUACAAUAUCAUAAAAAACCGAGAAGGAUAUGAAAUGGUGUUUGAUGGAAAGCCUCAGCACACAAAUGUCUGCUUCUGGUACGUGCCUCCAAGUUUGCGUGUCCUGGAAGACAAUGAAGAGAGAAUGAGCCGCCUCUCAAAGGUGGCCCCAGUGAUUAAAGCCAGAAUGAUGGAGUAUGGGACCACAAUGGUCAGCUAUCAGCCCUUGGGAGACAAGGUCAAUUUCUUCCGCAUGGUCAUCUCAAAUCCCGCAGCAACUCACCAAGACAUUGACUUCCUGAUUGAAGAAAUAGAACGCCUUGGACAAGAUUUAUAAUAAUGUAGCUCACUGAGCUGUUUCAAUUCUCUAGGUAGACAAUUAAGUUGUCACAAACUGUGUGAAUGUAUUUGUAGUUUGUUCCAAAGUAAAUCUAUUUCUCUAUUGUGGUGUCAAAGUAGAGUACAGUUUAAAAAUCAAAAAACAAAAAACAAAAACAAAAAAAAAACACAUUGCUCCUUUUAAAAAUCCUUUCUUAAGUUUAGAAUACCUCUCUAAAAAUUAGCGACAAAAGGCUGUGUUCUAAUCAAUAAUGAGAAGCUUAAAAUUGUUUUAAAUACUUCCCUUACUUUUAAUAUAGUGUGCAAAUCAAACUUUAUUUUCACUUCAGAGUAGUAUGAUUGAAUAGUGCCAAAUUGCCCCUGAAUCAUAAAAGGUUCUUUGGGGUGCAGUCAAAAGGAGAAAGUACAUAUAAAAUGUAUGUUGACAAUAAAAACUCUUGCCUUUUUCAUAGUAUUAGAAAAAAAAAUUUCUAAUUUACCUAU